AUGUUUGCUUCAAAAGUAGAACAGAAUAAUUUGAAAGCUACUAUAGGAGCAUCCUAUAACAAGCUAUAUGGGCAGUUUAGCUCGAACGAACUUAAAGAGGUAGGAAAUUAUAGAUUAUUGAAGUUGAUAGGCGAGGGCUCAUUUGGAAAGGUGUACCUUGCGAGUCAUAAGCCUACGCACCAAAAAGUUGUGCUUAAAACAGGUGAAAAGAACGAUGCCAAUAUUGUGAGAGAAGUGUUUUACCAUCGACAGUUUGACUUCCCUUUUAUAACGAAGCUUUAUGAGGUCAUUGUCACGGAAACAAAGGUAUGGAUGGCUUUGGAGUACUGCCCUGGUAACGAAUUGUAUGAAUACCUACUCUAUAAACAGCGGAUACCGUUGGAGGAAACAAAGAGACUAUUUGCGCAGAUAGUUAGUGCAGUUUACUAUGCGCAUUCGUUGCAAUGUGUCCAUAGGGACCUUAAAUUGGAGAAUAUCUUGCUGGACAGGAACGGAUAUGCUAUGUUAACUGACUUCGGAUUCACCAGAGAGUGCGCAAGUAAGACUCAACUAGAAACAAUUUGCGGAACAACGGUGUAUAUGGCACCAGAAUUGAUUAAACGAGAGACCUAUGAUGGUUAUAAAGUAGAUACCUGGUCAUUGGGUAUCAUUUUAUACACCUUGUUACAUGGGUAUAUGCCAUUUGACGAAGGGGACACUUCUGCAACUAGUUUAAAGAUAAUGAAUAAUGAACCGGAGAUAAUAGACGACUAUACAAAUUCAGCAUCAAGAGAUUUGAUUCAACAACUAUUACAGAAAAAUCCAAGCUUUCGUCCCAGUUUAAAUGAAGUUUUAGUACAUCCAUUCUUACAGCCCUAUGGUGCUGUUUUACUGGACACUAUAGGUUCUUUGAUCAAGAAGCAGAGGCGGGCAAAUCCCAAUUUCCAAUCGAAGAUUGAAAAAAGACUUCUAAAGAAAUUAAAGCAAUCCGGAUUCGAUACGUCGUCCAUAAAAUUGUCAGUGAUGAAGAAGAGAUGUGACUCUUUGUGCAGUUUAUGGUACUUAUUGCUUGAAAAAGAGAAAAAGAGAGAGCUCUUAAAGAAUCCUAAGCGAACUAGGUCGCUGCUGUCCGUUAGGAAGGCAUUUGACCCCACAUCUGGGGCGGCAAGUCAGGAUGAGGUUGGUGGUGAUAAAACUAAUACAUUAAAAAAGAUACUCAGUCUAAGAAGUGAGGUGUCUAAUCGACCUCCAAAUCCAGAAAAUAUUACUGUAAGCACAUUCAAAGAGUCUAAGAUUCCCGUAAUCCCUAUCCGAAGUCAAGAAAGUGUCUCUUCUUCCAUGAAAUCAAAGAUUAAUAUAUUCCAGAAGAUAUCCCAAUUUUUUGAGAAAGUUAAAAAGCAGCAAUUGAGACGCCGUGAUAGACGGGCAAUUAAUAAUAAUGGUGCUCCAUCUGCCUCAGGGCCUAAAGUUAAUUCCAAGCUUGGCCUAAAUGUAUCAAAAAAGCAGGUUCCUAAAAAAUUAAAUCAAAAUCCGACCGACGUAGAAGCAAAUGCGGGCCUCAGUCGUGGUUCAGAGCAUCGAUUACGUGGUGCUUUGACGAUUGUUGAAGAGCCAAAUGUUAAGAAAUUUAAAUCUCAAUCAUCGGGUGAUGCUUCAGUCCAGCCAUCCUUAAUCACUUCAGAAGCCGAUGGCAACACUCAUUCGACAUCGCGUGCUAAUACGGCUGUAAAAACUCGACCAUCUUCUUUAAUUUCACAACAUUCAGUGAUGUCCAAUGGUACUUUUAAUUCUGAAUACUCAACGGACGCUCAGUCGGGGUACAAAUUGUCCAACUCCGCUAGUGCUAGAAUGUCCGGAUCUGGACAGGUCAAUGGUAGCAGCACUGGCGAUUCAACAUCAUUAUCAAAAUCCAAAAUGUUUGCGAAAAGAGCUGUAAGCAUUAUGUCAAGCGCUUCAAGUAAUUCUGAAAUGAGUUCACGUACGGAUUCGUUUUAUGACAUUACAACAGCCUCUUCUCCAAUUAACCUCGACAUCAGAGCAAAUUCUAACACUUUAUUAUCUAGAGUUGACUCUUCUUUUCCUAGGUUUGGUAGGGUUUCAACCCCAUCCUCUUGGCUUCCUAAGAGAGAAAAGAAUUUAUUGCUAAGGCGGGCGAGGGUUAACCCUCGUCUCGUAAAACGUAGUAAGUUAACAAGGGCAAAUUCUUCAGGUACGCAAUAUGUUAUUCAAGAAGAAAGCUCAUUUAGUGAUGGUGAUGGGCCAGCACCAAUUUAUACCAAUAAUGAUGCUGAGUAUGGGCCUCUUGGCGAGCAAGAGGAAGAAGCUGGUGAAGUUGUCUUACAAUCAAAUAGUGCAACAUCUUCUAAAUCUGCUCUUCCACUAUAUCCUCUUACUCUGAACUCAGCAUCGAAGUCAGGUGAAUACCAAAUAGGUCGAUCUUACAGUGAUGCUAGUGAAUGGUCUCAAACUGCAUCUUAUUAUGCCGUUGAGCGCUUUUCUCCUAAGCAAAGUACAGGAAAUGAUGAUGAUGAUCAUGAAGAAAUCGGGAUCGCGGACGAUGAAGAUAAUGCAUAA